AUGUCACGUCAAUCACACCAUCUGCAAAAUUUCAACAAUCUCUGGACCGUCCGAUUACUCCUCGUCUCCUUCGUUUCCCUUUGGGUCAUCAACGAAGUCCUCCGUUUACCCAGUUUUCAUCGCCGGCAUCUCUACCCAUUCUUUCCUUCUCUAACCCUCACCCAACAAGCCAACCUCUGUAAAUUUCACCUUGUUCUCUCUCUUGGCUUCUUGGAACCAGGCUUCUUAUUAACCCUUCUUUUCCUCGUUAACGUUUCGAUCAGGAAACGAAACCAACACGACUGGUCGGCGAUCACAUCAAUGUUCAUCAUGUGGUUUCCAAUUCUGUUGCUGCAGAUUUGUUUUGUGUACUUUUCACCGUUCAAGUCACAGUUACCGGCGGUUAUGCACAGAAGCUUUCUCCUCAUUCUUGACGUUUCUGACGAAAGUAUGGUGGUUUGUACGUACCCUUUGUUAAGUUGUAUCGUCUUUGCUGCAUUUGCGAUUGCAUAUUCUCUGGGUUUGUUGUUAUCUUGUUGGAGGGUUGUGGCUUUCGUGAUCAACAAAGGUACUAGAGUUCGAAUCAAAAUGCUUGUUUCCACGGUCAUGACAGCGCUAACAAUGCAAAUUCUUCUUCUUGUAUUGGCUUCAUUGUGGCCUGGGUAUAAUAUUGUCGUUCUCGCCAUGUUCACUUGUGUUUCGUUAUGCGCCGCCGUUGGGGAGGUUAUUGCGGUGAUCAAACCAACCAUGGACGCUUUAGCUGCCGGCGGAGAAUGUUGCCGGUGGAGUCCUACAGGUCCAUUACGGCCGGAGGUUGACCAGAGUUUGAUGGGUCAGAUUCGAUAG